GUGUCGAUCUGCGAAAAUUGAACACAGUCGAACAAGAAUAGAAUCAUGAUGAGAGUUUCGCCGGUGGAUAAUUUGAUUUAAAUAAUAAUCAUUUAUUUCGUUAUUUAUAGACAAAUGUGUGGACUUAAAUCUUUCGCAGAACGUUUAAUGGGUCCAUUUUUUCGCGUUUUGUACAUUAAAUAAUGGAUUGGUAUAAAACAGUGACGUCUCGACUCGCAACCUUGGUUAUGGUUACAAGAAAAAGUGUAUUUUGAAAAUAUUUCCGAGUGUUUUCUUCCAGAAAACGUUUGUGAGGUAUUAUUCAAGUGAAACGAACACUUUGUUAGUAUUUGUGUUUUUGAUUAAUCGGUGCUAUGUCGGGCGGCAGGAGUAUCGACAAAGAGCGCAAGUCGCCCAGGGAAAGUGGGGAGGAUUCCGAGGAUGAAAGCGAAAUCCUGGAAGAAAGUCCUUGCGGCCGCUGGCUCAAAAGACGAGAAGAGGUGGAACAGCGUGAUGUGCCCGGAAUCGACUGCGCCCACCUGGCUAUGGACACAGAGGAGGGCGUGGAAGUGGUGUGGAAUGAGGUGCAAUUCUCUGAGCGCAAAAAUUUCAAGGCGCAGGAAGACAAGAUACAAGCCGUCUUUGACAACCUCACCCGGCUUGAACAUCCCAACAUCGUCAAGUUCCACCGCUACUGGACAGACACACACAAUGAUAAACCGAGGGUCAUAUUCAUAACGGAGUAUAUGUCUUGUGGUUCUCUGAAGCAGUUUCUCAAACGUACUAAACGAAAUGUGAAACGGCUACCGCUGCAGGCCUGGAAACGAUGGUGCACACAAAUUCUUUCCGCACUUAGUUACUUGCAUGGAUGCGAGCCUCCGAUAGUGCAUGGGAAUCUGACGUGUGAUACAAUCUUCAUCCAACACAAUGGUCUGGUGAAGAUUGGAUCAGUGGCGCCUGAUGCCAUACACCACCACGUUAAGACAUGCCGCGACAACAUGCGUAAUAUGCACCUCGUCGCACCUGAAUAUGGAUCAUCCCAAAUGGUAGCACCGUCUAUGGACAUCUAUUCUUUUGGUAUGUGUGCGCUGGAGACAGCGGCUUUGGAGAUCCAAGGCAACGGGGACUCCGGCAGCCACGUCACAGAAGAACACGUCGCUCGAACUGUUGAAUCCUUAGAAGAGACGCGUCAGAAAGACUUUAUUUACAGAUGUAUCCAGAAAGAUCCCGCAAAGCGACCUACGGCUCGUGAGCUGCUGUUCCACCCGCUGUUGUUCGAGGUGCACUCGCUUAAGCUUCUGGCAGCGCAUACAUUGGUCAAUACGAGUGCAAACAUAUCAGAGACAAUAACGGACGAGGUUUGUGGCAGCGGUGGAGCUCUGGCCUGGUGUGUGAGAGACGGAGAGCGAAGGGAGUUGGACGCUCGGGAUUUACCACCACAUGCCGAGAAACUUGAGAAGUUCGUUGAGGAUGUCAAAUACGGCAUUUAUCCGUUAACUGCUUACGGGUGGUGGUCCGGUGGGCGUCGCGCCGCUGGCGGCGGAAGGUCGCGAACGGCGACAGAGAGCGCUCCAACGCCGCCAGAGCCACGCGCUCGAGACCGUGAAACGCGACGAGUCGUCAACAUGAUGUGCUCCCUUAAGCCACAGCCACACCAUCCCGACGCUGAUGUUGCUGACUUGCUGAUGACCAUUCUAUUGCGCAUGGACGACAAGAUGAACCGUCAGCUCACGUGCGCCGUUUCACGCCGUGACUCUGCGCAUGCGCUCGCCCACGAUCUCGUGCAACUUGGCUUCAUACAUGAGGCGGACCGCGACAAAAUCUGCCGGCUGAUGGAGGAAUCCUUCCGCAGCAGCUUCGGCACGGCUCCCCUGCCCCCCGGAGGUGCCCCUCCCCCGCCUCCUGCCGCUCUGCCCCACCGCGCCCCUCAACACGUCGCCAGCUAGUGUCCCCUUGCCGCGCGCCUGCUCUGCUGUCCCCUCCUUCUGCUGCUUUAAUCCCCUUUCCAAGACUUGAAUGUAAGUCCUUCAGUCCUACCGUAGUUGUUCUUGAACAACUGAUUUCUAUAGUUUUUUUGGAGCCAUAAGACGCGCCUAAUAGAAUUUGUUUUAACAAUUAUAACAGUACUAUUGCUACUUUUAGUAUUAGUAUAGGAAAAUAUUCUAUCCCAUAGAAGAAUUCUUUGUACAUAGGAUAUGUGCGUUAAUUGUCAAAUAGAACGUACUGUAGGCAAAAUGGCGCGUCUUUACACAAUUCAUGUUUGAAUUAGUUUUAAAAAUAGCGAGUAUUAAACUGAAUUCAAACUUGAAUUUCCGGAUUGUUAUACUGCUGACUGCUUUUUGUAUGUUUGGGACUCAGUAUACAGGCGCGCACUGAGCGCUGUGGAGUGUUAUAUAGGCAAUAGAGCAACGAACUUUUAAUAUGCGUUUAGACUGAAAUUUAUAAAUCGUAAAACAAAUAUGCGGAAUUUUCUUAGUCAGGAUUCGAAUUAGUAGCAUCUGGACUAAGCUACGAAAUGGUAAUUUUUACAGCUCAUCACUUUAUUACUUUUUUUUUAAUGGCUUUAAUUUGUGCCAACUGGGCACAAGGUACUUCGCCAGUGUCGUGUAAAUGGAGAAGGCAUUAUUUGUAAAAUAAGAUCGAACUAAGUCAUAGGGUGAACCGUCUAAAACGUCACCCAAAGUCACAUCUAAUCAAGACCUGUCAUUUUUCUAUUUGAAGUUUGACAGUGACAGUGCUCAAUCGGAGCCUGACGUGAGACUGUUGGAGAUUGAGCGGGUAUGACAGCUGUCAAAUCCAAUACGUUUUUUAAAUACGCUUUAUAAUUUUCAGUCUGAGUCCGUUGUGUAUCCGAUCAAUUAGCACAGUCACAAUGUUUACUGCAUUUUAGAGAUGUUAUUGUGCGGUAAUGGCACGUCUGCUAGUCGAAUGAAUCUAGGCCCGAGUGAUUUGAUACGCUUUUAUAAGUCAUUAAUCCACAAUUUGAUGAGCAAAAUGGCCAAGUAAUCCACUCGACGACAGUUUAAAAAGGUCAUUUUUCGUUCAAAACUUUUAACUUUUUUAAAUUUAAUAAGUGUGAGUACUCAGCUAUCUGGGUCGGUCAAACCGCCAUAAAAACGCGAUGUUACUUCAAAUUAACUAUAAACGUUAAAGUCUACACAAUUUGGGUUCAAUUUCUGGGUACUAUUUAGCUACACACUUACUACAAGGUUAUAACUUACGAACAAUUUUUUUUAUACGAUUUUAGGAAAUUUGUUUUGAGUGGUUUAACAUCAUAUUUUUAGAAAUGGUAUUUCAAUUACAAUUAAAACCGGCAACGCACUCGCGAGCCCUCUGGCAUUGAGUGUCCAUGGGCGGCGGUAUCACUUAACAUCGGGUGAGCCUCCGCCCGAUUACCCCCUGUUCUAUAAAAAAUAUUAUGAAUACAAAAUGUAACCGUUUAAAAAAUGCUGAAACAUGCUUGAUGCCAUUUUGCAUAUCAAAUUCCUAAAGUGGUCAUUAUGAUGACGAUAGGUGCACGUUAGACCUAAAACAAUUAAUAUAGAUAUUACAAUGUCGUGUCAGCAGCGUGUGUACUAAUUCUGAUGUUAGUAUUACGCUACGUCAAAGACAAAGAGGCAAAGACUUUGAGUUUCGAACGUUUUGAAUCAACGAAUAUUCAAGAGACAUCACAAUUAGCACCACUAUGCGAUAAAUUUUAAGGAAAACUCCUCAUUCUUAAAAUUAAAUCAGUCUUAUUGUUCUCACUAAAAUAAGGGACCGUUGAAGUAGUACGUAAGCAGAACUGAAUUUAUCCCCCCCACAUCUUGUUAGCAAAAGUAAGAAAAACUCUCAAAAAUACAUAAACGAUUUUUUUUGUUGGAAUCCUCUAAAUUGCAAUUCGUUUUCAAGUAUAUAUAAUGUGUGGAUAAUAUGUUAUGAAGGAAAUAAUUCCUGUUUACGUAAUCACUAUAAAAGAAAUUCAAAGAAAGACCCCCCCCCCCUCCCCUUUUAGUGCGUGCGUACUACUUGAACGGCCCCUCACUAGUCGAUCUACGAAUCGUCUCUUUCAUAUUGUAUUUAUGCUGAAAAGGGACGUAUAUAUAUUCAGUUGAGACACUAUAAGACAGAUAUUUUUUUAUAUGGGGGUUAGUAUUUAGAUCUGUAUGAAUGUGUAUAAAUGAGAUAUUUAAACUAUUUAAACGAUAGCGUAGUGUAGGAAGGCUUCCUCUAGAGCUUUACGUAAGUAAAUUGUAAGUAUACGGAGAUUGACGUACUCACUCGAAAGUAUCAUAAUUUAUUAUUUAUAUAUUUAUCAAUAAAUUAACAAACCAAUCAUUCAGGCUUAGUUUCCGUCUGUUUCUUUUUCGACACUUAUCGUUUCUGUUCGGUGUUUAAAAAGUUAUAGGUGCUUGAUAAUUGCUUUUCUCGCUUCUCUUCCGAGCUCGGUGCCAAAGCAGGUGCCAAUGUAUUCUUAUAUACUUCCCUAAUUUCUUAAUGAUCAUUUUAAUUAAAUAAAUCAAGUAAUAUAUUCAAGAAAUAUUUUCCUUUGAGUUUACCAAAAGUGAUAGAUUUUAUUUUAUAACGUAUUAUCAACAAUAUAGCAGAGUGAGGCGACGUGUGCGUGAUGUCUAGUUGUAGUGUAAACGAAAGACUGGCUAAUGUUACGUAAGGUUUGGGGGCGCGCCUUGCUUGCCUUGGGUUAAAUCAGAAAAAACCCUAGCAGACAUUAGAAUCUGGCCUAAUAGCGUCAAUAGGACUUAGAAAUACCGAUGGCAAGUAAGGCGACGCCUAAUGGCAAGUAUAUAGCUAGUGAAGUGGCGAGCCCUAUGUAAAUAAUCGCUUUUAGUCUAGAGUAUAUAUAAAUGAAAAUACGUACCUAUUUCGAUAGCCGAUGGUUCAAUUUCUAUGUAAUCUUGCUUUAAUCAUUAAAGUUUUAUUAGUCAUCUGUUUAUGCUACCAUAAAAUAGGUUUAGGCUCAUCACCAACACUGUUCCGUCUCGGAUUUUAAAAUUGACGUAGAAAAUCGUAUGUUUAUUCCUCAUAGUCUACCAUAGACAAUGUGUUGCGUUAUCUGCGUAAAUAUUGCGUGGUAGUACUACAGAGUAUACACCGGUUUAUAAGUCUAGACUUCUAAGUGUUUAGAUUCUUUAAUGCUUCAUAGGUGUAUACGCCGUGGUGCAUUUGUUAUUCGUUUUGUAUUGUUGUAUGUCGCGCCGGUCCAAUUUAGGCAGCAACGCAAGUGCAAUGGUAUUGAUAAUGACUUACAUGACUACACUAUUAAGGGUCAGUUUCACAAUGUCCGGAUAAGUUCCAAAUAAGCUAUUUAUUACUUAUUGGUAGGUAAUUGUUGCGUUUCACGACUGUCAGAUAGCGCGAUUCGUCAUGAAAAGUGAAGUUACUUAUUCGGAGCUUUUAUCUUUCGAAUAAUUUACGUGUUGCAUAGCUAUAUGGUACUUUAUCCAUACAUUGCGAAACAGGCCCUUAGUGUCGUACAUUUUUAAAGUAACUUCGUUUAUGAUAUAUUUAAAAAACUCCUGAAUUGUAUGUUUAGCUUAUUUGUAUGGCAGAAUUAGUACCAUUGUAUUCGAGUCCGGACAGUCUAGCUCAUAAGACCGCUUAUAUUUAAAACUGAAUGGUUCCUUCAUCACAACUGUUUAUAAUUUUUUAUGGUGUUAUAUGUGCGAGUGUUAAUGUGUACCGCGUUGUUGGAUGUUAUUAUUUCAUGGACACAAUAUUCACCAUUGUAUAUGAUUCGUGUUCCGUUUUUUUAUUUUACCCAAAGAGAAUGUGUUCAUGUAUAAAAAAUUUUCAUUUCUUUUUAUAUAACUUUUAUUUGUAAUAUAACUAUUUAUUGGACCCAGAAUUGCAUUUGCACUAUUUUAAUUAAGCUCUCGUUGAAUAUAGGACCCGCAAUUGUAUUAUUAUAUUAUGCUCAAAGUGACGUCUAACCGGCAACGAUCCUGUCGAUCGAGUGAUGUUUGCAUACUAUUAAAAUAAAAUGUCAAUAAAAUUGUAUUUUAAAACUC